CGUAUGGUCGCAUCUUCCUUUUACCACGCCCUCUAUGUCCUUCUUCGAGUAUCAACCGCGUCUGAAAGGGCGCAAUUGCCUGUUGCUACAACGAUCAGGACUGGACUCCAGCUGCCAGACACAGGCUCCUCUUCACCUCUUCUUAUGCGUGCUGCACAUCGCCGUCUUUCACACUUUCAUGCUUUCGCGCCCAACAGCUGGUUACGGCCGCCGUGUGACAGCGGAAUGCUGAUGUUUAGGAUCCAAGUGGCUUUUGGCUCAAGGCAUUUUUCUUUUUUUUUCUUUUUUCUUUUUGUGCAUGCAACAGCAAGCAAGGGACACUCCUUCCAUCGUUGAUUCAC